AUGGCAGAGGCGGCAGGGAAGAACCUGCUUGACGAGAUGCUGGAGGAGGCGACAGAAGCGCAAAAAAACUCUGCUUUUGGUGCUGGAUCAGGCUACAGCCAAGAGCAGCUCUCCCAUGCUUCUCCAUCAGAAUGUAUGGCAGCAGACAAUUAUGGUCUCAGGCCUCCCUCGCUGACCGGUAACUCCGAGUUCUUCACCUGCAAGUACAGCUGUGGGUUCUCCGGGGAGUUCGAGGCCGUGGACGCGCAUGAGAGGCAGGGCGACUGCGUGCAACGCGUCGUUGCCAGCGAAUCGGCGGCAGAGGGCUACGUGAUGAGUCCUCAGAGCGGGACCUUCGGGGGUCUGUUCAGCGACAGCUUCACCGUCGACAGGUCCUUCACCUCGUACGUGACCAGGAUGCCGCAGCUGCCGCCGAAGCCAUGCACGGACUGCUCGUAUGCAAAGGCGCAGUCAGAGGCGCUGUCGAAGCGGCUGGAGGACCUGAUCAAUGCCAAGUAUCAGAACCAGAUCAUCGUCAAGGAGAUCCUAGUCCCCGUCCCCCAAGUCAAGGUGGUGGAGCGAGUUGUGGAUAGAUACAUCGAGGUGCCAGUGGAAAGGAUCGUCAAGGAGAUGAUCGAGGUUCCCGUCCCGGUCGAGAAGAUAGUCAUUCGUGAGGUACCAGUCGAGAAGAUCGUCGAGAAGGUCAUUGUCAAAGAAGUUGAGAAGAUCGUUGAGAGGAUCGGCCUCGGGCUCGGCCUAGAAGAGACUGUCGAUGGCCGCAUCUACGUUGCGGACAUCGUCGAGGGAUUCGCAGCCUCUCGCAAUGGGCAGAUCCGGGUGAACGACACGAUCAUUGGGAUUGAUGGGAUGGACGUCAUUGCAAACGGGCUCAACCUCAAGACCCUCAUCAACCACACCCUGGGCCCUGAAGGUAGCUCAUGCAGCCUAAGCCUGUCUCGCGAUGGAUAUCAAUUCACUGUCAAGUUGACAAGAGUCGAUGGGAGUCAGAUGUUGCGGAGCCCGGAUACCAGCAUCUACGGUCCGAACUCCUGCACUAUGGACGCAACACCUCAUACUCACUUGUUCUCCUGCAGCAACUCCGGAUCUCCGCAGCAACCAGAGACUUUCUUCACAACCCUACCUCCAAUCCUCAGUCAAGAGUCAGUACACGCCUGCGAAUGGUCGAGCUCAGGAUGGAUGGUCGGGCUCCUCCGGGGCUGUGAGCAUGGAGAGCAGGGGGCAGGAGCAGCAGGGCAGCAUGAUGGAUUCUUGGUUCUUUAA